CAGCCUUCCUGUGUGGCUUCAGCUGCCCAGAGAGCGUCAUGGACCUGGGGAAACCAAUGAAAAAUGUGCUGGUGGUCGCACUCCUUGUCGUUUUCCAGGUGUGCUUGUGUCAAGAUGAGGUCACAGACGAUUACAUUGGAGAAAACACCACAGUGGACUACACCUCCUACGAGACUGUGUGCUUCAUGAAAGACGUGAGAAACUUUAAGGCCUGGUUCCUCCCGAUCAUGUAUUCUGUCAUUUGCUUCGUGGGCCUGAUGGGUAAUGGGCUGGUGGUGUUGACAUACAUCUAUUUCAAGAGACUCAAAACCAUGACGGAUACCUACCUGCUCAACCUGGCUGUGGCAGACAUCCUCUUCCUCCUCAUCCUGCCUUUCUGGGCCUAUAGCGCAGCCAAGUCCUGGAUCUUUGGCAUCUCCUUGUGUAAGUGCAUCUUUGGCAUCUACAAGAUCAGUUUCUUCAGCGGCAUGUUGCUGCUUCUCUGCAUCAGCAUCGACCGCUACGUGGCCAUCGUCCAGGCCGUGUCAGCCCACCGCCACCGUGCCCGAGUGCUUCUCAUCAGCAAGCUGUCCUGUGUGGGCAUCUGGAUGCUGGCUCUGUUUCUCUCCAUCCCAGAGCUGCUCUACAGCGGCCUCCAGAAGAGCAACAGCGAGGAAGCGUGGAGAUGCUCGCUCAUCACUGACCACGUGGAGGCCUUGAUCACCAUCCAGGUCGCCCAGAUGGUCAUCGGAUUUCUAAUGCCCCUGCUGACCAUGAGCUUCUGCUACCUUGUCAUCAUCCGCACCCUGCUCCAGGCACGCAACUUCGGGCGAAACAAGGCCAUCAAAGUGAUCAUCGCUGUGGUUGUUGUCUUUAUAGUCUUCCAGCUGCCCUACAAUGGCGUGGUGCUGGCCCAGACGGUGGCCAACUUCAAUAUCACUAACAGCAGCUGUGAGCUCAGCAAGCAGCUCAACAUCGCCUAUGACAUCACCUACAGCCUGGCCUGUGUGCGCUGCUGCGUCAACCCUUUCUUGUAUGCUUUCAUCGGAGUCAAGUUCCGCAACGACCUCUUCAAGCUCUUCAAGGACUUGGGCUGCCUCAGCCAGGAGCAGCUGCGGCAGUGGUCUUCGUGUCGGCACGUGCGGCACGCCUCCAUGAGUAUGGAGGCCGAGACCACCACCACCUUCUCGCCCUAGGGGGCUCCUCUGUCUGGACUACAGGGACCUCUCCCAGAGGCCCUAGGG